AUGUCAGCCGGCAUAGAGAAGAUGAACGUUGGGGACAGCGCGAGGAAUCGGCCGUCGGUCGAAUUGAAAUGUAAAAAGUCAAAUCACGUUUUCGACGGUGCGGGGGAGAACGUCCAGUACCACAGCGACUCGGAGUCGCUGGGCUCGCGGAAGAGCAAGACGCGGUAUAUAAAUCCAGCAAUAUACAUCGAGCCGGUGGAGGCGUCGCAGUCGGUGACGUCGUUGCACGAGUCGUGCGCCGAGGACGUGAUAGACGUGACCCCGCACCCGCACACCACGUAUAGGAGCAACUCGACGCCGCUGCUGAGCGGGCGUGAGUCGAGCGUGUCGUCGGGCAGCGUCAAGAGGAUAUCGUGCCGGCUGUCGGGCACCGCCACUAUAUACCACGCCGACGUGGACGAGACGCCGCGCAACAGCCUGACGUAUCGAGAUGGCUCCGACACAUUCCGCCUGUCAGUGGCGUCUCUCUCUACCACCACCACGGCCAAGGAAGAACGGGAGCGCAACGAGCGCAAGAAGCAGCAAGCUUUUGAGCAGUGGCUCGCCCGGAAAGCACAAGAAAAACGAGAUAAAGCUCGUCUUGAGAAGUUGAAGCGUCAGUCUGUCUCUGAACCUACGCCGGAACAACGCGAGGAAGCGUUCCGGCGCUGGCUGGAUCGCAAGCGUUCACAGAAUGAACAUCGCAAGGCGGAGGACAUCAUGCGCCGGUAUCGUGAGCACGAGCGACUCGACAACGAGCGUAAUGAACGCCUGCGGAACAAAGAGGAGAAGCUGCAGGAGUGGAUCCGCAAGAAAGAAGAGGAGAUGAAAGCGAUGAAAACGCGCGAGGAGCGAAGGAAUGCGCGUGCGGCGAUCGAGGAGCAGCGGCGGCGCUCACAGGGCGAGCGCGCUUACCGCGACUGGCUGCGUACGAGCAAGAACAAACCGCUGCCCGUGCCGCUCAACAAGGGCGAACUCAGCAUGCGCGGCUCGGUGUCUCAGAUGUACAUAAACCCAAUCCCGUGGCAGUCCUCCACCUGA